AUGCCUGGCUUCUUUUCCACUCUUCUGGCUCUCGCUGCCACUGUCGCUGCCGUUCCGACUUCCAAGCAGCCUUCGUGCCCUGCUGUCUCUCAAAAUGCCAACUUUGAUGACUUGACUGCCCUCCCGCUCGUCAACCUCAGCCCUGUCCCCACUCCUUACAAGGGCCUUUACUUCCAGGCAUUUGACUUCGCCACAGUCAUCCAGACCGGUCUGCUCCCUGGCCCCGUUCCCCACUCCGGCUCCAACUAUGCGUUCGCCAACCUCGUGUCUGAGCUCCAGGGUACUCCCAUGAUCACCACCAAUUACCAAGACAGCAAGACCAAGUCCUUCGACCUCAAGGACUUCUACUUCUCUUGCGUCCUCAACCUUGGCCAAGGCGCCACUGCCCUCAACCAGGCUUGCAAUGUCGAGGUGACCGGAUACCAGGGCAGCGACAACUCUGUCAGCAAUGCCAAGCAGGUCUGCUCCCAGCAGUUCCAAUUCAACCCCAGCUCUGCUCUUGCUGUUCAGCAGCUUGCUUACUCUGGUCCUGUCAAGGGCUGUGAGGAUAUUCAGUUUGCUGUUUUCACUUUCUCUGUUCCUGGUGGAGAGGCUGCUGUCAACACGUUGAACGGUCUGGUCAUUGACGAUGUCAGAGUCAACACUCGCACAUGCUAA